GAACUGGCCAAAUACUUCUUGGCAGAACUGCUCUCAGAGCCAAGCCAGACAGAAAAUGAAGCCCUGGAGUCUGAGGACUUGUCCCGAGGGGCUGAGCAGGACGAAGUGAGACUGGAGCUGGAGCGCUCGGCUAACUCAAACCCCGCUCUUGCACCCCGGGAACGCAAAGCGGGCUGCAAGAACUUCUUCUGGAAAACUUUCACAUCCUGUUAGCUUUUGAAACCCACCUCUCCUCCCCAUCCAUCCCUGCCUUCUUCCUAGCCCCCCGCCCUGAGCAGAACCUUCACCACAAGAGGCGAAGACUGUAAAUAUACAAUCCACAGUUAUGGUGAAAUUAAACAAACACGGAAAAUUUGAGUUUGAUUUCCAGUUGUUUUAAUAAAAAUUUCUGUUCCAAUUGUACAUGAUUUGCUUGAGUUGUGAUUUCUGACUAGUUCUUUAAUGACAUCAUGCGCUCUGCAACUCUUUCAGAUGUACUAUUUUUAAUUCUUUGUUGCAAUAAAGUUUAUGUUUCAAACGGUGA